UGGCAUCAAAGUGUGAUGGUUUUGUCUUUAAAGUCGACGUCGAGUCUGAACACAGAAGCUAAUACACCCCACAGAUUUCGCUCAUCACCUCGUCUAGGUCUGCCCCGUUUACGUUCACGUUAGACUGUGUUGCUUGUCACGUAUUUUGGGACAUCCUGAUCCAGUGCGACUUUGUAUUCUGGUCGAGGAAAACAAUGUCGCCGCUCACCGUCGCCGUUCAAGAUCACAAAGGCCGAAGUUUCAUCGCCACGCGAACUGUCCCUCCUGGUUCAGUCGUUCUCCGCACAAAACCUUACGCUGCAAUCCCGGAUUGCGGAUCGCGACGGCAUGUCUGCGCCUACUGUUUGCGCCUUGCUCAUGGGUCAAAGGAAUUGGAGGUAUCGUGUGCAGAAUGCCAGCAAGCCUUUUAUUGUUCUUCAAGAUGUGCAGAGGCAGACUGGGGCACAUUUCACGCGGUCGAGUGCACAUUUAUGAAGGAUCUUAUGCUAGGGAUGCCAGCUCCCCGAGUGAAUGAUCUAGGCAGUGGGGAGGAAGUCUCGGUACCCAAUCGAGAGGAAUUCGAUAGUUACACCCUAGACUACAUGUGGCUCCUCAUGCGUGUAUUGACGAAACGGACAAGAGAGGUGCAAGCGGGAAUGAACCAAGUACCGUCGCCUCCAUCAACUAGCUCACCCAUCGACAAACCAUCGACGGGCACGUUCGCCGACGUAUGGGAACUAUGUUCAAAUUCUCAUCUAUUUCCCCCCGACAAGAUGCCGCAUUUCAUUUCCGUUGCUCGCUCACUUGCACGUUUUGUCCGAUCGUAUCUGAUUCCUGCCGCUAAACUUCCUGAUUCAUUUGAGCAUACGUUAUUACCUGCCCCAGCUCCGUCAGAUCUGCUCUCAUAUAUUGACCCACUGCCCCCAUUAGAAGCAUCCCUCCUUGACCUUAUCCUCAAAGAAGAGUGUAAUUCAUUUGGUCUGUACACGUUUUCCUACAAGGGCCAUCGCUUUCCCCGACAAGGUUACGCGUUGGCAUUAUAUCCAUUGGCAGUAUUCUUCAAUCAUUCCUGUGUGCCAAAUAUUGGACAUGUGACGCGACAUGCAGCUAUACCUCCAGAGCGCGGCGGCCUUGAUGCAGCAGAUUGUGCUGAAAUGGUAUUCUACGCGACUAGAACCCUGCAAAAAGGCGACGAGGCGCUUAUCUCGUACGUGGCGUUGGACGGUGAAGCUGGAACAACUGGGAUAUCGCGUCGGCAAAAUCUGGAGCAAUUGUUUUUCUUCAAAUGCGAUUGCCAGCGAUGUGCAGCGGAACGCGACAAACCUGACCAGGUUGUUGACACUGGAUUAGACAAGCUGUUAUGUCGCCGUGAUGGUUGCCGCGGUUGGUUUGUUCCAGCUCCCUUAAUGAAGAGGGCCGGUGGGCGCAAAUUCGUCGAAGGCCAGGACCACCCACUUCACGAUGUAGCGCAACGCCUUAUUUCAUUGCGAGAUACGGCUAUCCAUUCCUUAACACCGGAUGACAUUCGCGACCGUAUUGACGUGCUCAGCAAUAUACUGGACACAAGCAAGACGCACAUCGAAGACUCAUGUUCCUCGCGUCAAAGUGUCGACCACUUUGUUCUCUCGGUAAUUAUGGUAGCAUUUACGCAACAACUUGCAUCGUAUCGCGCGAUAACCCAGGGCGAUGCCGAUUUCAAGCGGACGCUGGACCGCUUAUCUGACGACAUGGAAGCGAUAUUCAGGAACCUUGACCAGAAUAAGGUACGAUCAAGGCACUCUUACACUGCAUGGAUAUGCGAAGCGUGUGGUAGAACACGGGAAUAGAAUUUGAUUACGAUAGUUAUUUCGCUUAAAUAUGCUUGGAACUACCCGUGUGGACUGGCAUAGACGAAUAGAUCCGGAUUUUAAUCCUGAGGAAGCA